AUGGGACGGCAAACACCUGUUUACCGGGCAGCCCAGACCUGCAUUUUAGGUUUGGUUCUACUGUCAUUCGCCUCUGCAUCUUCAUAUCUACCAAGAGAAUCGCCUACGGGGAUCAUUUCGAACGAUGGAUUCAGUUUCCUUAAUGAGACAUCACAGUUGACUCCUCGCGAUGAAAAGCCUUUCACCCUCCGUAUCAUGCCCCUAGGUGCGUCCAUUACCUACGGAUACCAGUCAACCGAUGGUAACGGCUAUCGACGAUGGCUUCAUCAGCAACUUCGUCACGCUGGAUGUGCUGGCACAAAUGACGCAAAUCAGUACCAUGACACAACAGUCGAUGUGUACAAGACAGGCGAGCGGAUGGAUGCUCUUCUGACACGUCUGUUCGACGCAAUUCCCGGCACUACUAUCAUCCUCCGUGAAACAAACAAAUGGCGACUGGAAGCAUUACGCCCAUGUCUACAAGAACACUGGUCACGGCGGCACCCAGGUGAAGGGUACAGUACUGACAUAGUUGCUCUUUUGCGACUGCGCUAG